AUGGCACAGUACGAGUCGCAAAUCACCGCGAUCUGUGCUCGGGCUACCGGGUGUACCCUUGAGGAGAUUAUGCGCUUUUGUAUAAAUCAGUAUACCUACCUGAAGGAUUUAAAUCCGACCGCCAGCAAUGAGGCCACUCGGUGUCGUGCUGAAAUGAUCGCUUGUAUGCGCUUCGCACCCCAGUACUUCCGUGAGAUCUGCGACCACAAUGAUCCGCACAUCGUGGAGUUGUUAGAGGAGUUGGACGCAGCACGGCUGAUCGUACCAUUGGUUGGGAGCACUAUCUCACAGAAUAAUGACACCGCGGUCCACCACUCGAGCGUAUCUGGAGAGACAUCAUCCAGCCUUACAUGCGCCCCGGAAGAAAUCGACGAGAAGAUAAGAAACCAAGAAGCGGUCAUAUCGAAAAUGACAAAGGAGGCCAGAAUACGCGAUCGCAUUGACGCUUCGCAGGCUCGGCGACUUGCUAAGGACUUGGAUCGCAAGAUGAAGACGCUGUCAAUCGACCACAAGAAGACCAAUCACAGCUCCAUCCGCAAGAGAAAGAGUGCAAAGAUAGUCAGUAAGAUACCUAGAAAGUCCUUCAGGGUAGACGAGCAACUGCUGGAAGAUACUAGCCAAAAAGACGGAGUGAGUGUGUCAUCAGAGAUGAAGGAUGGAGGUCCGACAAGUCAUCCAUCUAUACCUCAAGCUGUAUUCUCUACCAUGUCCAGGGUAGGCGAGGAUGAUGAUCAGUAUGUGAGAAGGCGUCCUACAGAUCUUGAUGUGGAGAUGUCGGGAUAA